AUGGCGGUAGAGUCGAUUAUCGCAGCUUUGCUGAUUCACUGGCCGGCUGCCCUCGGGGUUGUGUUCGUUGCAUAUUUGCUUUGCAACCGGUUCAAUCGGGGCCUGAACAAAUAUCCCGGGCCGUUUCUUGCUUCCCUGACAGAUUGGUGGAGGUUCUGGAUCGUGUACAAGAGACGGCCGGAAGUCGAGCACAUCCGACUCCAUGAGCAACUGGGGGAUGUGGUCCGACUAGGGCCAAACAGCAUAUCAUUCUCCAACCCCAAGGCGCUGAAGACUAUCUACGGUCUCAACAAAGGUUUCACGAAAUCCGAGUUCUACCCUGUGCAGCAGUCGGUUGCCGGUGGCCACCGUCUCCCUUCCCUCUUCAGCACCACCUCUGAGCCGUUCCACGCGCAACUCCGCCGUAGUGUGAACAGUGCAUUCUCCAUGUCCACGCUGAUCCAGUAUGAACCCUUUGUUGACUCCACUACCGAGCUCUUCCUCGCUCAGACGGACAAGUUGUACGCCGAGACUGGAAAGGGCUGCAACUUCGCCCGUUGGCUGCAAUUCUACGCUUUCGAUGUCAUCGGCGAGAUGACAUACAGUAAGCGUCACGGCUUCCUCGAGGAAAACAAAGAUGUCGACGGCAUCAUCGAUUACAUCAACAAACUAUUCAAUUACGUCGCUCCUAUCGGUCAGAUUCCCGUGCUGGACCUGUUCUUCCUCAAGAAUCCCCUUUACCUGCUCGCCGCUAAACAUGGCCUCGUUGACGCCACCUUCCCGGUCGCCAAAUUCGCCCAGGACCGCGUGGCCGAGCGUUUCCCCAAGGAAAGCGGGAAGUCGGUCCUCCCGUCCGUUGAGCCCAAGACCAUGUCGCAACCAGACCUGCUCUCCAAGUUCGUGAAGGCGAAAUUCGACCGUCCGGAGUUCAUGACCGACUCGCUCGUCAUGACGAUGGCUAUCUCCAUGGCCUUUGCGGGAUCCGAAACGACGGCGAUCUCGCUCUCAAGUGUGUUCUACUACCUGUUGAAGAACCCGGAUUGCAUGGAGAAGCUGUACGCAGAGCUCGAUGGGAAGGCCAGGGAGGGCGCUUUCACGGACAACGAGCACGGCGUCGUGACGUGGACGGAAGCGCAAUCGCUGCCCUACCUCGACGCCUGUAUCAAGGAAGCGUUCCGGAUGCACCCUGCUCCUGGACUACCGCUCGAGCGUGUCGUCCCUGCCGCCGGUGCGGAGAUCGCGGGGCACUUUGUGAAGGGUGGUACUAUUGUUGGGUGCAGCGCUUGGGUGAUCCACCGCAACCGCGAGAUCUUUGGGGACGACGUGGAGGUCUUCCGACCGGAGAGGUGGUUGGCGGACGAGAGCAAGGACCCGGAGGCCGAGGCGAAGCGGAUCAAAGAGAUGUCGGGUGUGAUGUUGCAGUUCGGAAUGGGUGCUCGGAGUUGUAUCGGCCGCAACAUCAGCUUGCUGGAGAUGUACAAGCUGAUUCCUACCGUCCUGAGACGCUUCGAGAUCCAACUCCAAGACCCGUCCAAAGAGUGGAUCAUCCACAAUGCGUGGUUUGUCCGCCAAUACGGGUUCAACACGACCUUCAAGAAGCGGGCGUUGGUGAAGCCGAGUGCUUCCGGAUGA